GAAUAAUGGAGAGUGGAGCAUGGAACUGAGUAGAAAGAGAGCAAGCAGUGGGUGGGAGUAUCUCUCCCAUAGAAAUGUUGGGUGAGUGAAUAGAAAGAUCAGACUAGGAGCAGAUAAGGACCUGGGGCAUGAAUGGAGUCAAGCAAGAGGGGCUGUUCAGCUGUAUGAGGACAGAGUAGAGACCUUUGAACUGCUCAUCCAGAACAGCAGAAGACCUUUUCCAUGGUGGGGAGAAUGGCAGAAGGAGCUGCAGUGUGUCUGAGUCCUAUUCACUCCUGAGCCUCAUCCUGCCCGCUUGUUGGUAGACAUAGAUAAGAAGUCUGCUAAUAGGGUUGUUAUUUGCAAGUAGGACUGAGCUAUUCAUCCCUGCUUACUUGUGUGUAGAUAUUCAGAGUCUUGGUAUUGGAGAUGCAGCUUGAAAGUACUGCUGUGUGAUUUGGUUUUGUUUACAUCUGAGUAGAACACAAAGAGGUUUCCUGCUAGCUUCUGAAUAUGCUUUACAUGAAUAAGAAGCCUAUUGUGGCCACAGACACUCUCCCUUGGGCCUUGCCUGCUCCCAUUUUGGCCAAACUCGCAGACAAAAUGUGGUCCGAGCACCACUGUUUCCAGAUUGGAGCCCAGUCUUCAAUCCCAAUCUUCUUGAAAUGAAGAAAACUGCUAGGCCCUUAUGUGAGGAGCCAGAUGAGUAGCUGGAGAAAACAAACAUUGAAUAUAAGCAUCACAAUCCACAAUUUUGAGGGAAAUGAUAGAAGGAAACUUGAUUGGUACAUAUUGGCACAGGAGGGUCUGGUGUUGCCAUUGUUUUUUAAUGUGGGAUGUUUGACAUUAGAAGAAACCCAUGAAAGAAAAAGCCAAUGGAGAUGCAGAGGUUUGUGUCAUGAUGAAGACCUGUAUCGCUGAGGGAAAUAGCAGCUAAGAGAUUGGAAAAGAGAGGGCCAAGGCUUAGAGAAUUUGGGUUAGAGACUUCACCUUGAUGGGAGGGAGAACAAAAGCAAGGUAGGAGUAGAGAGAGUUGAAAGAAGAGGGGAAUAGCAAGGUACCAUGUGGAGAGGUCAUAGAAAUAGUUUCAGUUUUGUCAUUGACAAAAGAAGAAAAGCUUGGUGUGGGAGCAGGGAGAGAAAGGAAGCAAAAGGUGACUGAGGGAUGUGGAACGGCAUCACAGGCACAGAAAGAUACCUCGGUCUGUUUGGGAAUCACUCUGCCCAUGUUGAAACACCGGAGAAGGAUGUGUUUGCUCCCCUGGUGCCCUCUGAAGACCUCCAUACUGAAUGUGUAUAAGUGCCUCUUAGGACUUCCUGUCCUAUAUGAGGAAGCCUGACAAAGUGGAACCAGUAGGGAAAGGUGGAGAUGGCAGCACUGGGGUGGGAUAAGCUUGUGCAUGCAUCUUAUUAUAAUUGUUAUUAUUUAUUUUAUUUGGCUGAGACUCCUGGGAUGAUUCGCAGCAAUCCAGGUUUCUUAGAGCCCUUCCAUGGGACCCUUGCACAGAUGGAGCCUGAAUUCUAAGCUUAUGUUUCCGAUGAACUGAAGGCAGCUGCGAUGGUCGAGGAUGACCUAGAACCUGAUGAGAAUGCCAUUGAUGGAGAACCGUCUGCAAAAUAUGCCUGCCCAGAAAAGGACUUCAGUAAGAAUUGCCAGAGUUAUCAAAACUCUCCAGCUGCUGAAUUCUCCAGCCACGAAAUGGACAGUGAGUCUCACAUCAGCGAGACCAGUGACCGGAUGGCUGACUUUGAGAGUGGCUCCAUUAAAAAUGAGGAGGAGAGCAAGGAGGUUUCGAUUCCGCUGGAAGAGUCGGUGGUGUCGGACAGCUUGGAACAAAUGAAGGCCGUCUAUAACAACUUCCUCUCCAACUCCUACUGGUCCAACCUCAACUUGAACCUCCACCAGCCGGCUUCCGAGAAGAACAAAGGCAGCAGCAGCAGCAGCAGCAGUAGCAGCAGCAGCUGCGGGAGCGGGAGCUUUGACUGGCAUCAGACGGCCAUGGCGAAAACCCUGCAGCAAGUUUCUCAGAACAGAAUCCUUCCCGAGCCCAGCCUGUUUAGCACAGUUCAGUUGUACAGACAAAGCAGUAAGCUUUAUGGCUCUAUAUUUACAGGAGCCAGUAAAUUCCGUUGUAAAGAUUGCAGUGCUGCUUACGAUACUUUAGUAGAAUUAACAGUGCACAUGAAUGAAACAGGACAUUAUCGGGAUGACAACCAUGAAACGGAUAACAAUAACCCUAAAAGAUGGUCCAAGCCUCGUAAACGCUCGUUGCUUGAAAUGGAAGGGAAGGAGGAUGCCCAGAAAGUAUUAAAGUGUAUGUACUGUGGCCAUUCCUUUGAAUCACUUCAAGACUUGAGUGUCCACAUGAUCAAAACAAAACAUUACCAAAAAGUGCCUCUGAAGGAACCCGUAACCCCUGUAGCAGCAAAAAUUAUCCCAGCCACCAGGAAGAAAACGUCCUUGGAGCUAGAACUUCCAAGUUCUCCAGAUUCUACUGGUGGGACACCGAAAGCAACUAUCUCUGACGCCAACGAUGCACUUCAAAAGAAUGCCAACCCUUAUAUCACACCAAAUAAUCGCUAUGGACACCAGAAUGGUGCCAGCUAUGCCUGGCAUUUUGAAGCACGAAAAUCUCAAAUUCUCAAAUGCAUGGAAUGUGGGAGUUCCCAUGAUACGUUGCAGGAACUCACUGCCCACAUGAUGGUGACGGGACAUUUCAUUAAAGUCACCAACUCGGCCAUGAAAAAAGGGAAACCUAUUAUAGAAGCACCCGUCACCCCAACCAUCACAGCUUUGCUUGAUGAAAAGGUGCAGUCCGUGCCCCUUGCAGCUACAACAUUCACAUCUCCUUCCAACACGCCAUCUAGUAUCUCUCCAAAAUUAACCAUGGAAGUAAAGAAAGAAGUUGAUAAGGACAGAAUCAUUGCUGACGACAAGGCAAAGGACAAGGAAAAAUCGAGCGAGGAUGAGGAAAAGUAUGAUAUUUCCUCCAAAUAUCAUUAUUUGACUGAAAACGACUUGGAGGAAAGUCCAAAAGGGGGACUAGAUAUUUUAAAGUCUCUAGAAAAUACAGUCACAUCGGCUAUUAACAAAGCCCAGAAUGGCACUCCAAGUUGGGGUGGCUAUCCAAGCAUUCACGCUGCUUACCAGCUGCCCAAUAUGAUGAAACUGUCCCUAGGGUCAUCGGGAAAGAGCACCCCCUUAAAACCUAUGUUUGGAAAUGCUGAAAUCGUGUCACCAACCAAAAGCCAGCCACUAGUGUCCCCACCCAGCAGCCAAACGUCACCCAUACCAAAAACAAACUUCCAUGCCAUGGAAGAGUUGGUGAAGAAAGUCACUGAAAAAGUGGCCAAAGUUGAAGAAAAGCUGAAGGAACCUGAAGGGGGGAAGCUUUCUCCAAUGAAGAGAGCCACACCUUCUCCGUGUAGCAGUGAAGUCAGCGAGCCCCUCAAGAUGGACACUUCCAAUGACAUUGGGUUCAAAAGCCAACAGAAUAGCCCAGUUUCUCAGAGGGAGAGCUGCAAAGACAGCCCAACAGGAGAGCAGAUGGAAAAUGGCAAGGAGCUUGUCAAGGCAAUCACAAGCACCUUGAGUAGCAGCACCGCUAUUAUCACUGACCACCCUCCAGAACAACCCUUUGUAAACCCAUUAAGUGCAUUACAGUCUGUCAUGAAUAUUCAUCUUGGGAAGGCAGCAAAGCCCUCCCUCCCUGCCCUGGACCCAAUGAGCAUGCUUUUUAAAAUGAGCAACAGCUUAGCAGAAAAGGCUGCGGUGGCUACUCCACCUUUGCAGUCCAAAAAGCCAGACCACUUAGACCGUUAUUUUUAUCAUGUCAACAAUGACCAGCCCAUAGAUUUGACGAAAGGCAAGAGUGACAAAAGCUGCUCUUUGGGUUCAGCGCUUUUGUCAUCCACAUCGGCAUCUUCGGCGUCUUCUUCAUCUACAGUGACAACAGCAAAGACAUCUGCGGUUGUGUCAUUCAUGUCAAACUCGCCGCUACGCGAGAAUGCCUUGUCAGAUAUCUCUGAUAUGCUGAAAAACCUGACAGAAAGUCACACAUCAAAAUCUUCCACACCUUCCAGCAUCUCUGAGAAAUCUGACAUUGACGGUACUACGAUCGAGGAACCGGAAGAGACAACCCCAGCUCAGAAAAGGAAAGGACGCCAGUCCAACUGGAACCCUCAGCACUUGCUCAUUCUGCAGGCCCAGUUUGCAGCCAGUUUACGGCAGACGUCCGAGGGGAAAUACAUUAUGUCAGACUUGAGCCCUCAGGAGCGAAUGCACAUUUCUAGGUUCACGGGGCUGUCUAUGACCACCAUUAGCCACUGGUUGGCCAAUGUGAAAUACCAGCUUCGAAGGACAGGGGGGACAAAGUUCCUUAAAAAUCUGGACACUGGGCACCCCGUGUUUUUUUGUAAUGACUGUGCUUCACAAAUCAGAACUCCAUCGACGUACAUCAGUCACCUUGAAUCACAUCUAGGUUUCAGACUACGAGACUUGUCCAAACUCUCCAGUGAACAGAUUAACAAUCAGAUAGCACAAACCAAGUCACCCUCUGAAAAACUGUUGGCACCUUCUCCAGAGGAAGAAAUAGGAACCUCCUACCAGUGUAAACUUUGCAACAGGACUUUUGCAAGCAAGCAUGCUGUGAAACUCCAUCUCAGUAAAACACACGGGAAGUCUCCUGAGGACCAUCUUCUGUAUGUUUGCGAAUUAGAAAAGCAGUAGCCUUUAUUUUUUGACACACAAAUUGCAACAACUGUACUUGGCUUUGAGGAAAACUGUCAAAAAUGCCUUAAAGCUUCCCUUUUUCUGUUCUUGGCACAUAAUUCUUAUUUUAACUCUUGGGUGUCACUCUGGCCUGAACUACUUCUCUCUCCUCUUUCCUCCCCUGUUUCUUUUUGGGUUUGUCAGUUUGUUUUUUUUGUAUAACUGUACAGUGUUUAAUAGAGGUGCAUAAUCAGCUGUUGUUACUGGUAAAAAAUGAAGGUUAAAACGCAGUGGUAAGUGUUUGGAACUUUGUGUAAAUUGGGGUUUUAGGUGCUGUGCAUCCCUCCGAUGCCUCCAGCUGCAUGCAUUGAUGAGACAGUUUAAUUAAGCAUUUAUUAAGUCAUUCUGGUGCACUUUUUUCACGGCGACUUAAGUGUGCUGGGAGUUCUCACCCCUGUAAAUCUUUAGCCCUCUGAGUACUUUGAAGCACUUUUGCAUUAAUUUGGUUUUCCUUUUUUAAAGAUAUAAGUAUGGAUAACUUUGUGUUUAAAAAAAAUCCCCUUCCACCUUAGGACACAUCCAGGCAUCUCUUAAGAAGGGGUUUUCACAAGAAGGGCCACCAGGCCGCCCACCAAAAGGCCGGGCUUUGUGCAAUGCUUGAUGGGAAAUCUUCAUGGACAAGUUUUCCCCUUGCAAGGUUUCCAUCAGCUGUUGCAAAAGCUUGUCCCCAGUCCCACGUGGAAGCCCUUGGAAGAGCUGGCUCCUGGCCCUUCUCGUGCCAUCCGAGGCACUCAUAUUUCAGGGACCGAACCUCGUUUCAGCGCUUCCAGUACUCAUAGCCCCACGUGCAGGAUGCUUCAGCCAUGCCAACCCUUUCUCCACUGAGUUCCUGUGGCUGGGUUGGGCCAGGAGGCCUCGCAGGUGGGGUUCCAGUGAUGCAUGCAUGGAUGGCCCACAGGGAAUGCCCCCUCUCCUCCCAAGGAUGCGUCGAGCGCUCCUGGCUCUGCACCGCCUGCCCAACAAGGACCGUAGGUGGCUUCCACCUGGAUAUGCCCUUUGUUGGAGUCACGUGAUGAACCUCCCUGUAUGCAGGAGUGGCACCCAUCUUGAAAUUUUAGAAUAUAUUAUGUUCCCAUUGAAACAUGGAUGUAUAUAUUGUAUAGAUUUCAAAUCCUCGGAUGGAAAAAGUGAUUGUGGACAAUGCCAUUUCUUCUUCUUCAACAUUUUUAUCACUGAUGGCGUUUGUACCUAAUAUGCUCUCUCAAGUAUUAAGGUACCUAUAAAUAUAUAAAUAUAUAUAUAAAUAUAUAAAAUAAUAAUGUAUAUUUCUUUUCUAGGUCAAAGGGUUUCCUUUUAACAUCUGAACAAUGUAAAUUAUAUGAAAGAUACAACAGAUAGCAUUUAUAAAGUAUUCAGAAACAUUAUUCUUGAAGCAAAGUAUGGUUGGUUUUGUUUUGUUAUACAGUACCGCUAUAUUGAUAGAGGUUCAUGUUUAAAUUAUGCAUAUUUAUUAGUUGUUUGCUACCUUCUUUUUUUAAGAGAAAAAAAGCAUUCUGAUAACAGAAGCCAUGGACUGGCGUGCAUUAUAUCUAUUUUGCACAACACAAAUUUUAAAGGUAUUUAUUAAUAACCUUAAUUUAAAAACAAAUCAAAGGAGAAAAUUCAAAAUCAACUCAGUGCUCAAAGGGUUAAAUCUAUUUGGGGGCGGGAGAAUUGAAUAAUGGAAAAAGAAACCUUGUACUGUAUUUCCUAAACAUUGAUAAAAAAAGCCUUUAAAAUGUUUGUACUGUAAUACUUUGCUUAAAAGUUAUGAGGCAUUCUGUGAUAUAAGCUAUCCUACUUAUUUAUAAGCGCUCUUGGUUGUUACUUCAUAUCGUAGGAUGCCUUCUCCCCGCCUCUCUCUCCCUCUCUCUCCCUCUCCUUUUUCCUUUCUGUUGGUAACUUUCUGUUUUGUUCUUCCUAAUUAUUCUCCCAAGAUUUCAUACUGCAGUUUUAUCUUUAAGCAUAUGAAAGGUAACCCGUGGUUACCAGCACACUAAGUGAUUCUGUUCGUCUCCAUUUUUGGCAGUUAAUUUGCAGAAGUAACUGACAGCUGACACCAUAUGAGAAUCUAUGUGUACAAUAUUGGCAUGUAAACAGCACAGAACCACAAACUCUGCGCCCCUGUUCUGUUGUUGACAAUGUGGCACCAUUAUAUGACUCUUCAUAUAACCUUUUUUUUU